GUUGCAGUAUUUUUCCAGAUAAAUGGCUAAAUAUUUUGAUAAACUGUUUCAUUUAACACAGUCUAUAAGAAGGCAGGGUAGCAGAUGCAUUUCUUCAUUUGGAAGCACAAACUAUUCAUACACAAGAAGUUCGAGAUAUCAAAUAAAAAAUCGAAGUGUUUCAAACUACGCAAUCAAUAAUAAUAACUCAGUUUUGGGAACAUUUGAAUCAUGUAAUUGGACUUGUAGAAAAUCAUAUGCAACAGAUCAUAAGCUGAAGAACUCAAAUGAGUUGAACAAUAAUAAUUGGAUUAAUGGUGUUAUGUACAAACAAGACACAUGGACGAAUAUUACUCCUAAAAUAUUAUCUCUGAUCAAUAGAAAUUUACAUCUUCAGAAGGAUCAUCCAAUUUGUUUAAUAAAAGAGGUCAUCAUCAAGCAUUUUUAUAAAAAAUAUGUCAGAUCACGACAGAGACCAAUAUUUUCAGUUUAUGACAAUUUGUCACCUGUGGUAUCGACUUAUCAAAACUUCGACAGUAUGCUUAUACCAAAAGAUCAUAUCAGUCGAAGGAAGUCUGACAACUAUUAUAUAAAUUCAUCGACCAUGUUGCGUGCUCACACAUCAGCUCAUGAAGCUGAAUUAAUUCGAUCUGGACUUGAUGCGUUUCUCGUUGUUGGUGAUUGUUACAGACGAGAUGAAAUUGAUACUUCUCAUUAUCCUGCAUUUCAUCAAUUAGAAGGAGUUAGAUUAUUUUCAUACCAUGAUGUAUUUGAGAAUGCAGAAGGUGAUACCAGUGGUUUAUCUUUGUUUGAAGAUGGAGUGGAAGCAGCCGAUAAACAAGAUUGUCACACACUUGAGGCGUCAAAGAUUGUUGAAUUAGCACUAAAACAAACAUUGGAAGAUUGCAUGCAGAAUUUGUUUGGGAAAGAUAUUGAGAGGAGAUGGGUCGAUGCAUAUUUUCCGUUCACUCAUCCUUCCUUUGAAUUAGAAGUCAAAUAUGAAGGAGAAUGGAUGGAAGUUUUGGGAUGCGGUGUUUUGAGACAGGAUAUAUUAAAUAAAGCGGGGGCAAAUGAAAAAAUAGGAUGGGCAUUUGGUCUAGGAUUAGAACGGCUUGCAAUGAAAUUAUUUGAUAUUCCUGAUAUUCGUUAUUUUUGGAGCAAUAAUGAAGUGUUUUUGAGUCAGUUUCGGAACAAAGAAAGUAUAAAAGACUUGAAAUUCAAGCCAUAUCUAAGCAAGCAUCCUGCUUUGUUCAAUGAUAUUUCAUUCUGGAUUCCUGAACAAUUCCAUCCAUCGGAUUUCUAUGAUAUCGUUCGAACCAUUGGUGGUGAUCUUGUAGAGAAUGUGGUUUUACAUGAUGACUUUAUUCAUCCGAAAUCUGGAAGACGAAGCCACUGUUACAGACUUUUUUAUCGACAUGUGUCUAGAACUUUAUCACAUGAUGAAGUAUCGGAAGUGCAGAAAGAAAUACGAGAAAAACUUAUUGAACAUUGGAAUGUUGAAGGGCGUUGGUGACAUUUUAAAAUAUCUAAAUUUUGGCCCUUGAUGAAAUUUUAAAAUUUCUGUUGAAAAUUGGUUGCGUUCCAUGGAGGUUAAACCACCAUUUUGCAUGGGAGGCAUUGAACCAGUCUUGAAGCAUUUUCAAAGUGCCAUUAUCAUGGUACAUAAUCUUUUUGCCAUGUUAAUAAACUGUUCGCCGUUGUACUGAAGCAGGUUCAAAUUUAUUUUUCAUAUUUCUAAAUCUACAUAUUUCAUUGAUAUUCGAGUUGUCAGGUUCUCGCGAAUGUUAAAAAGAAAUGUUUACUGAAAGAAA